CCGGCUAACCUGUUAGCUGAGGCUCCUGUAAUCUGAUGAGCCAGUAACAUUUCAGUGAAGUAAAUAAGUAUUUUUAAAAGUUUGAGCCCUGGACCUUACUAGGUUUCAGUAGAAAUGGAGGUGACGGACAUUGGUAACAAAGAGGAGGGGAAAGUGUGGCAUCGAAAACCAAUAGCAGGGAAAAGUGUUUUAGCCAGAGUGGUCCGCACUGCUCAGCAGGCGAAGACGGUGCGUUUCCUCCAAGUGGCCUUCGACACCACGGGGGACUCUUUCCUUGCUGGAGACCAUCAUGGGAAUAUUUAUGUCUUUGACAUCGCUCGUAACAGAUUUCGGCUGGUGCAGAGAACAGGUCAAGCUUGCACGGCUGUGGCCUUCAGCCUCCGCAGGACCACAGAGUUCCUCGUGGCUUUGGCUGAUUACACUAUCAAAUGCUUCGACAAGGACACAAAGCAGCUGGUCAGUUGGAUGCGAGGUCACGAGGGAGCAGUGUCUUCCAUCUCCGUUCACAGCUCCGGCCGCUACGCCAUCACCACCUCGUCGGACACGGCUCAGCUCUGGGAUCUGGACACUUUCCAGAGGAAGAGGAAGCUCAACAUCAAGCAGUCUGUGGGCAUACAGAAGGUGUUUUUCCUGCCUCUCAGUAACACCAUCCUCAGCUGCUUCAGCGACGACUCCAUCUUUGCGUGGGAGAGCGACACACUUUUCUGCAAAUACCAGCUUCCUGUUCCUGACUGUGGACCCAGGAUCUCCUAUAAGGCCUUUGCUGUCACACGCGAUGGGAAAAGCCUGGCAACAGGCGGCCGCUCCAACCUGCUGCACCUUUGGUGUUUGGACAGCAAGCAGCUGAUCAGGGUGAUUCAGAUGCCCAGUCAGGUUCGAACCGUCAGACAGCUGGAGUUCCUGCCUGACAGCUUCGAUGGAGGAGCCAGCCAGACGCUGGGAGUGCUGAGCCAGGACGGUGUGAUGCGCUUCAUCAACAUACACACCUGCAAGCUUCUCUUCCACGUGGGUUCCCACGACGACGCCAUCACGGCGGUGGCGGUCAGCCCGACCGGCCGGCACAUCGUGGCUAUCAUGGAUAACGGCAGCAUCAGCAUCUACUGCGUCCACAGUCUCACGCAGGAGCUGAACAAGCCUCCUCCCUCCAAGGUGGCGGUAGUGACCGAGAAUAAAGCCGAUCGAGACUAUUCCAACCUGAAGGUCAAAGUCAAGCCAGAUGUUCAAAAAACAGGGAAGAGCUCAGGCAGACGGACCCAGGUGAAGAUCCUGAGACCCCCGGCAGCUGACGAUAAAGAGAACGAACUUCCAGCUGGUCUGAACAAGAAGAGGCUUGUGGAUCUGCUAAAGGCAUUUGGAGAAUAUCCUGCUAAAUACAGGAUGUUCGUGUGGCGGUCGCUGCUGUGUCUGCCGGAGAACCACGCCGCGUUCAGCAGCCUGACAGACAAAGGUCUGCACUCGGCCUACCUCGCCCUGCACGAUAAAUACCCCAUCAAGAGUCACAAACUGCAGAGAGGACUGCAAAGAGUUUUGUCCGCCUUGGCUCACUGGGCAGCCAUAUUUGGAGAGGUGGAGUACCUUCCUCUGCUGGCGUUUCCUUUCGUCAAGCUCUUCCAGAAUAAUCCGAUGCUCUGCUUUGAGGUGGUGGCCACUGUCGUAGUGAACUGGUGCCAGCACUGGUUCGAGUAUUUCCCCAACCCUCCUCUGAACAUCCUGAGCAUGGCGGAGAACGUUCUGGCUCAUCACGACAAGGAGCUGCUGCAGCACCUGGUGGACUGCGGCGUCACGUCACAGCUGUACGUGUGGCCUCUGCUGGAGACGCUGUUCUCGGAGGUCCUGACCCGUGAGGAGUGGCUCCGGCUGUUCGACAACGUUUUCUCCAACCACCCGUCCUUCCUGCUGGCGGCCUGCGUGGCCUACGUCGUCUGCUGCCGGGAGCCCCUGCUGCUCUGCUCGCAGAGACGAGACUUCGAGUACUUCUUCCACCAUCGGAACAAUCUGGACGUCGGGGCGAUGAUCAAGGAGGCGUACCGGCUCAUGGGCAGCACGCCGGCAGACAUCCAUCCCAGGAACCUGCUCUCCGACUUCACACCGCUGACCAAAGGCCAGUAUCCUGUUUUCAACCAAUACCCAGAAUUCAUAGUGGAAUACCAGAACCGGGAGAGAGAGAGGAUACGGCUGCAGGAGACGGAGUAUCUCAGAGAGAGGCAGGAGGUGUCAGCAAUGCGUGCAGAUUUUGUGCGUCGCCAAGCAGAAGACGAGGCUUAUUUCGCACAACAGGAGCAGCUUCAGAAAGCAGAGGAGCAGCGCAGAAACAUCCUGGCACAGGAGGAGCAAAAACUGACCGAGCAGAGGGCGAAGUUGGCGGCCAUGAAGAGAGAGCUGAAGGUGAAGGAGCUGCAGCUGCUGGAUGCAACCAGGCGACGCUUUCUCAAACACCAGCAGGACCUGAGAGCCUCACAGAUCCACAGGCUGGAGCAGGAGAUCAGCAGGAAGAUGGAUCUGCGUGAAAAAGAAACGGCCGCCGCCGUCCAGGAUCUGGAAGUGCGCCAGAUGGAGCUGGAAGUUCAGAGGAAGCGGCUUGAACAGCACUUGCUGAAAGAGCAGGAGCGUGCCGAGCAGGCGGUGCAGAAGGAGGUGGAAACCAGAAUGAGAGAGGCCGAACGAGCCGACGAGAGCUACACGGAGCUGCUGCGCAGCACAGAGGCAAACAUGCAGGCGCUGGAGGAGUCCCUGGCGGAGGCGUGCCAGCUGGGCUUGGACUCCCGGUGGCAGAGGGAGGUGGCGGCGCGGCUGCAGCAGGUCGACGCCGAGCAGGAGAGGAGGAGGGAGAGGCUGGCCGACCUUCACCGGCAGAGCGAGGCAGAGGAGGGGAGGCUGGUCGACACCGUGAGAGGCGUGGCGGGAAAGAAGUGGGACGAGGUCAUGAGCUCCAGAGCCGAGCUGCAGGAGCAGCGUCUGCAGCGCUCACCGACACACACAGAAGGCCAGGCUCGUUCGGCGGGAGGACUUCCUCACGGCGCCUCCACCGCCGCUCCUGUCGAGGCGAACGGCGUCAAUCCGGCCUUCGGAGCCAAACCCGCCGCCUUCCCGAGGCGGGAGGAAGCCGCCGUGGUGUGCCUGAACGGCAGCUCGGCCUCCGAGAGCACCGCCACCAACUUCUCCCUGGACCGGGGCCGGGCCCAGCUGGACUCCAGCGAGCGGGAGCUGCUGAAGGAGAUCAGAGCGCUGAGACAGAAGCUGGCGGCCCGAGCCAGAGAGGGCAGCUCCGCCUCCUCGCCGUCUGUCCACACGCUGUCCUCCGUCUCCCAGUGACCUCCGGCUGCUCCCGGGUGUCCCUCAGAGACAGUCGGACCGACGACCGGCGAGCCGCCGCCUGCCUGCCGUCAAUAUUCAAAGACAAUCCUUUUUAAUUGUUUUUUUUUUUUUUUGUACAUGAUUGCACUGUUUUUCCUUUUUGAAAUAUUUAACUGAUUUUGAACCGUUUGCUUUAUUUAAAACCUGUUUGUAUAAAAUGAGUGGAGAACUUC